AAAAGACUUCCACAAUACAUCCCAUUCCGUCUAACAUUACAGUACAACACAGGGAAAGGCUGCGGCCACACGUGCGCCUAACAUGCAUUUGUAGUUGGGAGCUGUGUGCUUUUGGAGUUUGCAAAAGACUUCCAACAAAACAGUAUUUGCGCACGAAUUCCCAGACAAGCAUACAAAUGAUGGCAAGCAUGAAUCCUUUUAGGACAACAUGCUGGAAGAGUCUUCAGAGCGGCCGCCGGCUGUUCUUCAAUGCACGGACUUUGCACAAGUCUGCAGCCGGCGAGGCUCUGGGGAUCACCGCGGCUGAAGAGGAGGACAUGCCCGACGCACUGAUGAGACCUGUGGAAGCCGGUACGAAGACUACAGUCAAGAGCCUCAAGGACAUGCCCGGACCCGGCACUCUGGCUAACCUGAUCGAGUUCUUCUGGAGAGACGGUUUUGGAAGAAUUCAUGAAAUUCAGAUGAAUCACCGAAAGAAGUAUGGAAAAAUCUUCAAGUCUUACUUUGGGCCCCAGCUGGUGGUCUCUGUUGCGGACCGUGAACUGGUGGCCCAGGUGUUAAGGGCAGAGGGCGUUGCCCCUCAAAGAGCCAACAUGGAGUCCUGGCAGGAGUACAGACAGAUGAGAGGCCGUUCAACAGGCCUCAUCUCAGCGGAGGGAGAAGAUUGGCUUAAGAUGCGGAGUGUGCUCAGACGGCUCAUAAUGCGCCCACGAGACGUAGCAGUGUUCUCUGGUGAUGUGAACAAUGUGUUGGAUGACCUGAUUAAGAGAGUCUGCAGUUUACGCGCCCAAGAAGCCGAUGGUGUAACUGUCCUCAACGUGAACGACCUCUUCUUCAAAUAUGCUAUGGAAGGUGUAGCAGCCAUUCUAUAUGAAACUCGACUGGGGUGUUUGGAAAAUGAGAUUCCCAAGGAAACUCAAGAUUACAUUAAUGCACUGAGCCUCAUGUUCAGCUCCUUCAAGACUACAAUGUAUGCAGGGGCAAUCCCCAAGUGGCUCCGUCCCGUCAUCCCUAAACCGUGGGAGGAGUUCUGUAUCUCCUGGGAUGGGCUUUUCAAAUUUAGCACCAUUCACGUUGAUAAGAGAUUUGCACAGAUCAAGGCCCAGCUCGAGCGGGGAGAGGAGGUGAAGGGAGGAAUGCUCACGCACAUGCUUGUUACCAAGGAGAUGAGCGUGGAAGAGAUUUAUGCCAAUGUAACAGAGAUGCUUCUGGCUGGAGUUGACACGACCUCCUUCACCCUGUCCUGGGCUGCCUAUUUGUUAGCACAGCAUCCUCAUGUACAGCAGGAAAUCUAUAACGAAGUGCAGAAAACUUUGGGGUCCUCGACUGUACCGACAGCUGAAGAUGUUCCUCAACUGCCUCUCAUCAGAGGCCUGGUCAAAGAGACCCUCAGACUCUUUCCAGUUCUCCCAGGCAACGGACGAAUUACCCAAGAUGACUUGGUGGUGGGCGGAUACUUCAUCCCCAAAGGGACACAGUUGGCUCUCUGUCACUACUCCACAUCCUUCGAUGAGGAGAAUUUUACAGAUGCUUCAGACUUCCGACCGGAUCGCUGGAUAAGGAAAGAUUCCACAGAUCAUGUCGACAACUUUGGCUCAAUUCCUUUUGGCUAUGGUAUCAGAAGCUGCAUUGGCAGGAGAAUAGCAGAGCUGGAGAUGCACCUAGCUCUCACAAGGCUUAUUCAGAGGUUUCACAUUGCUGUAUCUCCUCUUACUGCUGAUGUCAAAGCCAAAACCCAUGGUCUACUCUGCCCUGCUGCUCCGAUUCACCUGAAGUUCACUGACAGGGAAAACUAGAUGCAAACUCUGCUCUAUAACAUCUGUUGUACUGUAUGUUUUGUAUUCAUUCAAAAUGUGGCCUCUUUGAAUACACUGUUUUAGUACACAUUUUAUUGUUAGAUAAUAGAAAUUGAUGUAAGACUGAACUUUUACUGGGACAAGGAAUCGGUCUGACCCUCUACGGUUUGAUAGUGAGGUGGUCACAGAAAUGGUACUGGUUCUUGUACAUAUAUAUUUUUAAUUGCUGCAAACCACUGCAGUAUGUUUGGACUGUUACUCCCUCCAUUUAUCAUUUUCAAAAUAGUGGGUGGACAAAUGAACUAUAGUCAGAAUACUUUGGCUCUGUCCCUUCUAUAAUAGCGUUGUUUAUAUGUAACAACAUACAUAAGAAUGUUUCCCCUUUUAGUAUGAGAAAGCAGUUUACUGAGAAUGUUGAAAGGCAAAUAUGAAUGUACUGAUAAUGAACUGUUUCAACUGGUGUGUGUAUAUAAUGAGCUUUUUCUUUCUGCUUGCUCUGUAGUGCAAGCCACAAUAUUUAAUCACAUUUCUUUUUUUAUUCAGACAAAAAACACAUUUUUAAUUACUUUUAGUUGCAUUAUAUGAUUUUAAUUCAUGUAUUUUAUUACCAGAGAGAAAGAAAGAGAGAUUUGCAAAGAUACAAAGAGAUGACAAAUAAAUUGUUAAUUUUUUUGUAAAUCAAUCAUUUAUUUAGUCAGUCUCAUAGAUGAAGACGUGUUUGUGGCUUUUUAAAAGUAAUGUUAUCCUGUGAGUUAUGAUUAAUGGAACAGUCAUCAAAAAGUGGGUGUAUCGAUACAUCUCCAAUAGUUAGGUGUAAUGAAAUAUCUUUUCUCACACAACACUGUAUAUUUCAGAUAUGAAGUGUUCAAUAUUUGUGGUUUAGAUAUUAUUUAGAUGAACAGAUUAUAGUUUCACAAAGCCACAUAUUUGAUGAUUGUUAUAGAAAGGAAAUGUAUGUUAGAGAACAGUUUGCUGUAAGGAAAGAGGAUGUUGAAUUAUGUCAUUGUAAAGGGCUACACUGGUUUGAAUGGAAGAAAAUAGAAGCAUUCAAGUGUUCAUAUUUAUCUGCUUUUGUGUAUUUCUAUACAUUUCAAUUAUAGUUCCAGUUAAACUCGGAAACAAUAAAAAUGUAAUGAUUUUUAA